CACCUCGGUUCAUCGCGAGUCCGCCGGUGUCCUUUGCUAAGCUGUAACCGCCCGCGGUCGUCACCGUGACUGUCAGCGUCCCCGAAAAACACCGGACUGUCGGGGCAUUAGCCAGCUAGCAUAGCCACCUAGCCGUAGCAGGACCCUCAAGCUAGCGUUAGCUUCGGACCGUACACAAAAAAAGAAAGGAAAAGAUGAUAGCGCUAAUCAACAAACUGCUGGACUGGUUCAAGGCGCUUUUCUGGAAGGAGGAGAUGGAGCUGACCCUGGUGGGGCUGCAGUACUCGGGGAAGACCACCUUCGUCAACGUGAUAGCGUCGGGCCAGUUCAGUGAAGACAUGAUUCCUACAGUUGGAUUCAACAUGAGGAAGAUCACAAAGGGCAACGUCACCAUCAAGUUGUGGGACAUCGGGGGUCAGCCUCGGUUCCGGAGCAUGUGGGAGCGCUACUGUCGAGGAGUCAGCGCUAUUGUCUACAUGGUGGACGCAGCCGACCCGGAGAAGAUCGAAGCCUCCAAGAACGAACUCCACAACCUGCUGGACAAACCGCAGCUGCAGGGCAUCCCGGUUCUGGUUCUGGGGAACAAGAGGGACCUCCAAGGAGCUCUGGAUGAGAAGGAGCUCAUAGAGAGGAUGAACCUGUCGGCCAUCCAGGACCGCGAGAUCUGCUGUUACUCCAUCUCCUGCAAGGAGAAAGACAACAUCGACAUCACUCUCCAGUGGUUGAUCCAACACUCCCGGACUAAGAGGAGUUCCUGAGAACAGACCCCCCCCACACCUGACCCCCAACAGAACAGGCCACGCCCACCUGUCUUACACACACGCUCUUUGAUCAGACCCCUCCCAUCUACCCUUCCUCCCCCCCCCCGUGACUCCGCCCCUUCAGAUGCGCCGAUGCCUCGUUCCAGAGCCUCUCGAUCCAUUUCCUGUUUCCUCUCGUAGCUCCACGCAUCUCUCGGUUAUUCACGCUGUUCUUUUCCUGUGUUUUACCUGCCGAGGCGAUUCUGACCACAUGCUGAUAACGCCAGAUUUCUAUUGAUUAUAUUGGUUAUUAGAGGACGACGUUGCUCACGUCAAAGUAACGGCAGAUCGAAAGCAUUAACCACAGAAGAAGAAGAUGGAAUCCGCCCACUUUAGAGAUUCCGAGAUCUCCCUGAGAACCCACGGGACACACAAUGAUGUCAUGUCCUGCUGUGACAUCACAGGUCACACUACAAAAGCCUGCGGCUUCAUUUCUACAGCAGUAAACGCUUUAUUUACGAGAGUCUUUGUGGAUGGAAGCUACGAGUUUAGCCUCUGAGCCGAGCCGUCGGUGCAUCUUUAACCUCCACUCAGGAGACUUAGCUGGUUAGCUUCGAGCUCCGCCCCCCUCGUGGAUCUGCCUUCAUCGCCCCGCCCUCCUCGGAUUGUUCCCCUUCUACCUCCAUGUUCAUCCAUCCGCACCUCCUGUCCGUCUUUCCUACCCUCCUUUACUUUUGGAUGUUUCCCGCUUCCUCUCUCCUUGCUGCCAAGCCCCGCCCCCUUCGCCGUGUCUCCUGCCCAGUGAGGGAUAAAAAACCUUUUUAUUGCACUGUUUGUUUUUUUGUAAGAUAUUAAUAAGAAUAAUGUUAAUAAUCUUGUAAUUGUGACAUAACCUGGUGUGUCCAGAUUUAAUGGUGGUACUCUUAACUUGAGAAGGAGAAAUGUUGUUUCUGUAAUAAGCUUUUUAUUCUUAUUUGUUUUAUAUUGUUAUUUUUGUAUUAUGUUCUUUUUUUUUACUCUCUGAUGUAAACCAGAGGUCAGUGUUUCGUGCUCCGAGGCGCCUGCUGAUUGGACCUCGAGUGUCACGUGAUCACACAUUCACACACCAUGUAAUUAAUUAAGCGUUGGAUCCCCACAUAUUAAAUGUUUAUUUUAAAAUCCAUCCGUUUAA